CUCCUCUUGCCAUUAGCGCGGAGGAGGGGGCUGUGCCCGCACAGCGCCGGCGGCGGGCGGCUAGCGAGGAGUCGGCGAGCAAGCGAGCAGUGCGCGGAGUGUGUGUUACCAUGGCGAUGACUGCAGGGACCACAACAUCCUUUCCCAUGAGCAACCACACCCGCGAGAGAGUGACGGUGGCCAAGCUCACACUGGAGAACUUCUAUAGCAACCUGAUUAUCCAGCAUGAGGAGAGGGAAACCAGGCAGAAGAAGCUAGAAGUAGCUAUGGAUGAAGAAGGCCUAGCAGAUGAGGAGAAAAAACUGCGCAGGUCACAGCAUGCUCGCAAAGAAACAGAAUUUCUGCGACUGAAGAGAACAAGACUCGGCUUGGAUGACUUUGAAUCUUUGAAAGUAAUAGGAAGAGGAGCAUUUGGGGAGGUACGUCUUGUUCAGAAGAAGGAUACAGGUCAUAUUUAUGCAAUGAAGAUACUAAGAAAAGCAGAUAUGCUGGAGAAAGAACAGGUGGCCCAUAUCCGAGCAGAAAGAGAUAUAUUGGUUGAAGCAGAUGGAGCAUGGGUAGUGAAAAUGUUUUACAGUUUUCAGGAUAAAAGAAACCUUUACUUGAUCAUGGAGUUUUUACCUGGAGGUGACAUGAUGACCUUGUUAAUGAAGAAAGACACCUUAUCAGAAGAGGAGACGCAGUUCUACAUUUCUGAAACUGUGUUGGCCAUAGAUGCUAUUCACCAGCUGGGAUUCAUCCACAGAGAUAUUAAACCAGAUAACCUUUUGCUGGAUGCCAAGGGUCAUGUAAAACUCUCUGAUUUUGGGCUAUGCACGGGUUUAAAAAAAGCUCACAGAACUGAGUUCUACAGGAACCUUACACACAACCCACCAAGUGACUUCUCAUUUCAGAAUAUGAACUCAAAGAGAAAAGCAGAAACAUGGAAGAAAAACAGGCGACAGCUGGCAUAUUCUACUGUUGGAACCCCAGAUUACAUUGCACCAGAAGUAUUUAUGCAGACUGGGUACAACAAACUAUGUGACUGGUGGUCUUUGGGAGUGAUUAUGUAUGAAAUGCUAAUAGGGUAUCCACCUUUCUGCUCAGAAACACCACAAGAAACUUACAGGAAAGUUAUGAACUGGAAAGAAACUUUGGUAUUUCCUCCAGAGGUGCCCAUUUCAGAGAAAGCAAAGGAUUUAAUUCUAAGGUUUUGUACCGAUUCAGAGAACAGAAUUGGUAGUAAUGGAGUGGAGGAAAUUAAAAGUCAUCCGUUUUUUGAAGGAGUGGACUGGGGGCAUAUCAGGGAAAGACCAGCUGCAAUUCCAAUAGAAAUCAAAAGUAUUGACGAUACAUCCAACUUCGAUGAAUUUCCUGAAUCUGAUAUUUUACAGCCAGUGCCAAACACAACGGAACCUGACUACAAAUCCAAAGACUGGGUUUUCCUCAAUUAUACCUACAAGAGGUUUGAAGGGCUCACUCAGCGUGGCUCGAUCCCUACCUACAUGAAAGCUGGGAAGUUGUGAAACUAAACACAAACCCACAAAAAACAAAAAUUACAAACCUCAGGUAGCUGCAUCACCAGACCUGCUUGGCAUUAGUUAUCAAUAUAUUGACUCUGGUGCGCAUCAGUUUCACAAGGAAAUUCUACAGGAUUAGGAUUUCUAAGACUACUACUACUACUACUACAGGAAUUAGUUGGCAGUGCCAGCUGGCUCUUUUUUUUUUUUUUUUUUUAAAUAUUUGAAUAUUUUUGUUAACUUUAUUAUACAAAGGUACUGGAAUAAAAGGAACCAUACAUCCCUUUGUAACUGCACUGCCUAUGUGUGUAUAACAAUUAAUUAUGCCUCUGUACUGUGGCUUUGCUUGUACUGUAACCCAUUUAAUCCACCCAGGAGUAAAACAUAUCAUUUUAUGCAGCGUUGUUGUUACACUGCUCACCUGGUGGGUUUUAGGUAUGCAGUAUAAAAAACCAUUGCCCACGUUUUCACAAUUCUCUGAGCAGUGGCUCUAAGGUUAUUCCAGUUUGUGAUUUGCAGUUGUCCCAUGAGUGUGGCGUAUUUUAAAUAGCAGUGUCCUGUGGGGCCUACUGGUACACUCUCCAGUGUCAAUCCUCCUCCCUGCUGGAGGGUUUCAUGAUCAGAUCAUCCCUUGUUCUGUGGGAUGUGGGCAGGGAGACGGCCCCUUUGAUCUGCUUGAAAUGAUAGUUGGUGGGCCCUGUUAUUGAAAAUGAUGUUACUGUUUAUGAUGAUUGUAUGUGUUGGCAAAUUCAAGAGAAAAAGAAACAACAAUAAAAACUCCUAACGAACUUUUUUCAGACAUCAAGUUCUGAAAUGGCAGCCAUUUCCAGGAUUGUGUUCUUGCCUCAUUUUUGAGACAGGUCAUCUUUUUGCUGCUGAGAAUUUAAACAUCCUUUUCUGUCUGAGAAAACUUACCCUGUGAUGAAAUUGCUGCUUUUUCUUUUUCAUCUCCAUAAGAAGUUCCAGGCAGAAGGGAUAUUGCUGUACCCUUCUCUUUCUGGAAUACCUGUAGCAGCCUUUGCCAAGUCAGAGGAAGUGGAGUGCCUCGUUGGACUCUCUGUCCUGUAGGCUCUGUUGUCUUCUCGUGUCUCUCCCUAAAGUGAACCAUGAGGUUGCAAGGGAUCAGCUGGGUUUGAAGCCCAGUUACCAGAAAACAUAACCAACCAUGACUGAAUCAGGUGGCGCAUAUACUACCAUUACUCUCAGUCUGCAAGCUGGUGACAAACUGACAGCAGAGAUGAGUCAAGGAAAUGGAAGCAGAGCCUCCUGGGUGCUGGCUGAGAUUUUGCUCAUCUACUUAGACAUCAUUCAGAGCCAAACAGCAUUCCUUUAACAGCUUGCUGGUAUCUAAUUGCUGGCAAAUUUUACAUCUCUGCCUAUACUGGCAUAUUAUCUGUAGUGCUUCUAAUCUGUCUCAAUACAGUAGAGAUCUUUGAUGUCAUUUUCUGGUUACAAAAGGCUUACAGCGAUAAACAAUUGACCAGUGAUUGAACAAGCAGAGUCACUAUUGCUGCAUUCUUCCCCUGGAUGCAAUGUAAAGCACUCUGGAGGCCUCACAACGCCCAUCAGAAUGAAGCACAGGAUGUUUUGGCAUAUGGUAGGGAGGACUCCAGCAGACUGACAUUCACAGCAAAAUGGAAGUGACUAUUUAUAAAGCUAUCACAGAAAUAUUUAUUGCUGUUUGGCACCAAGGUGUCAGCUGUUCCAAAUUAUUUGUAUGCUUCAAAAUCUUACUGUGUAGUGCUUAUCUGUUGCAUAAAAUUCAAUUUGCAAGAAAGGUUUCUGUGCAUCAGUGGCUUACUGACCUGUGUGUACUCUUCCCCAUUCCAACAGUUAAUAUUCUUCAAGGGCUUCAGUGAUCUGUACUCUGAUAUUUUAUCUUCUGUCAGGCAUUUUCACUUAUGCUGAUUUUCUACAAAAAAAUUUAGUCUGCAGUUCAUGGAAGAGGAACAGUGUGUUAAAGUCCACCCAAUUUGCAAAGUAUUGUGUUAUGUUAUGGCUAAGCUAAACUUUGUCUAAAUGUUCAAUUUUAGCCAUCUCCCAUUUCUUUGCUUCCCAAAACUUAGAAUAAUUAACAUCACUUUACUGCUACUGGGACAAGAUCCUUCUGGAAUUCUGCAGUGUUGUUCUUAGCCAUGUUAAGGUAGUGAGAGUCAACUUGAAUCCAUUCAGAGGCUGUCCAAAAUCAGCAGCUCGCUUAAACCCACCUCUGUACUUUGGGAUGCCUUUCUGCCAGUGCUCUUGUAGCUUCUGAGGCAUCUCAGAAAAGGAAAUCAUUUGUCUGACAUUUGAUCUGUUCUACCAAGAGGAUCUUGGGCGGAACAUAUACAAGGCACAGACUUGGCCCCAAAGGAUACUGCUAUUCCAAUGAGAAUUUUUCUCCAUUUUCAUUUUCAGCCUCAUGCGUGGGGCACUAGGCACCAGAAGUGGAAUUCCUGUGAGCACUGCAUUUCAAAAGACCACAGUUACCCUAUUUGCAUAACAUAAAAAGAAGCCUUUGCUUGAGCUUGCUAAGACAAGAUAAAUUUCAUGGGAACUACAAAUGCUCAGUAAUACUGGUGAUUUUUAUUUUCCUGUGCAGGUUUGAGGGAGGGCAAAUAAAUACACAUAUAAUUUAAAGCUAUCUAUGAUACAACUAUCUGUACAUAUUCACUGGUUUACAAACUUGGGAAAAAGCUCAAUCCUUGUAACACUAAAGAUAAUAAGCAUUUAAAAUGGAGGAUGGUUAAUCAUAUCAGUGCUCACAUAGGAGUUACAUCCUCCGGGAAAAAGCCUGCAGCCUAUUUAGCAUAAACUCCUGUAUCGUGGUAGUUGAAUUUAUUUUUUUGAAUACAUAGCGUUAUUUUAAUCAAUAAAUCGAGUUAAACAAAAUAUUAACUACUGCUUUUAGGAAUAUAGAAUUUUUUUAAAGAUAAAACUGUGACACUGUAAUAGAUUGAAGAGAACAGAAGGUUAAUUUACACUGGCUUUCAAAAAAUGGAAGUGCGACAUAUCUCUUGCUUUGUUCUUUCUGUCUUGUUUGUUUGGAUGGUUGUUUUUAUUUUCUUCCUUUGGUGAUGUUUGUCACUGUGCCAUUUAUUUUUUGUAUUCUUGGAGUACCAAAGAUCCUGAAAUGGCUUGAUGAUUGCAACCAUGUCAAAAUUUAUUUUCUGGAAGCGAGCGUUGUUAACUUUGUUUAAAUGUGGAUUUCUGUAUGCAAAUUGUUGUCAGAGGUUUGCUGGGGAGAUUGCAGCAGGGAAAACUCGAGUGCGUCAGUGGAAGUAGUGGGCCUGAAUCCAAGUUCUGGAUCUGAAUACGCCAAAACAGAGGAGGAAGUUUGGAUCGGAAAACACAGCUGAGCUUUUGCGCUAUGUUCCAUCUCCAAUCGGCGUGAGCGCGGCCUUGGGUACAGAACGGCAGCGCCGGUUGUUUCACGUACAAAAGGAGUUUUUAAAAAACAUUGCCAGCAUUCACAAAUCAAAUAUUGUUGAUACUGCAUUUGCACUGUUAAAUUUGCCUUGCUGGAGAGUUAUGUAAGUGUUAUUUUUAUAGGUCAAUUGUCAAACACCUGAGUCGUGGGAUACAGUAUGGAAUAACAGCAUGAUGUGGGUGAAUUCACCUAAGUGCAAAGGGGCUUGCUGAAAGCUCUCCACUCUACCAAGAGGAAUGGGCAUAAGCAGUACAAGGGCGUUGUGUUGGCUCCUUGUAACGAGGUGACUUUCCUCUGCGGCAGCAAGUAGGGAAUACUGCUGUUUAGCCCAGUUAUACUGUAAUGCUUAGGAAGUGCUCUCACUUUUUCAAUAACACGAGCAAUUACAAGCAUUGUAACAUACUGUACUUUGUCAUUUUAAUGUUGAUAUAUUACAGCAGCUUGUUCUUGGAGUCAAAAUGGCAACUGCUAUAUUUUUCCUAGACUAUUUCAUUAGUUGUGGUUGGGAAAGUUACAUAGAAGCAUUAUAAAAAUUUAUAUGAGGCUUUUUACAGCAUUUGAAAAUAAAAGUAGCAUUCUUUUUGUAGA